AGAUGGAUAAACCCUGAACCUCUCUCAGAGAUCAACCAUGGCUUCAUUUCACCUCUCUCGCCCACUGGUCUUAAAUCCAAGUAGCUCAAUUCCUAAACUCUACGAAGCCUUAAACCCCCAGUUCUUCAAUCUUAAACCAUUCAGACCUCACAAGCUAAACCCAAUCCGAGCUUCCGGGGAAGACAAUGGAAGCGUCGAAGAUCCCAAGAAGCCAGCUCGCCGUGGCCGGAAAAAGGCCUCAGCUUCCGCUUCAUCUUCACCGCCGAAGAAAACCCAGCGCGCCAAAAAAGCCCAGGUCGAAAACGGCCCAGUAGAACCCGAAUCUGAGGAGUCGGAGCUCGAAGAUUACGACGACGGCAUCGAGUUCCCCUACGACGACCCGCCGCUCGUCUGCUGCUUCGGGGCGGCCCGGAAAGAGUUCGUCCCGACGGUCCGGGUCUCCGACAACCCGAUGCACCCGGAUAUCUACUCCCAGUGGAAGAUGCUCCAGUGGGACCCCCCGGAGUUCUCGCGCGCCCCGGGUUCUUCGCCGUCCAACGUGGCGAUCUCGCACGUGCGGCUCGGCGGGAGAGCCGCGUUUAUGGGGAAGGUCGGUGGGGAUGAGUUUGGGAGCGAAGUGUUGUUGAUGAUGAACAAGGAGAAGGUUCAGACACGCGGCGUGAAGGUGGAUACGAGUGCGAAGACGGCUCGCACUUAUAUGAAGAUUAAGUUUGAUGAGGAGAAAAUGUGGACGGAGACGGUGAAAGAGUCCGCCGAGGAUUCCUUGCUCCGGUCAGAGCUCAACCUCGCCGUGCUUAAAGAGGCUAGAAUAUUCCACUUCACUUCAGAUGUCUUGACAUCAGCGUCAAUGCAGCCAACCCUUUUCAGGGCUUUAGCGUAUGCAAAGAAGUUUGGAGGGCUUGUGUUUUUCGACUUGAAUUUGCCAUUGCCGUUGUGGAAGUCGCGUGACGAGACUAGGGAGUUGAUGAAGAGGGCGUGGAAUGAGGCGGAUGUGAUUGAGGUUUCGAGGCAGGAGUUGGAGUUUCUUUUGGAUGAGGAACAUUAUGAGAGGAAGAGGAACUAUAGGCCGCAAUACUAUGCUGAGAAGUUUGAGCAGACCAAGAAGCGUAGAGAUCAUUACCAUUACACUCAGGAAGAAUUAGCUCCCUUGUGGCAUGAUAAACUUAAGUUUUUGUUUGUGACAGAUGGGACGCUUCGAAUUCAUUACUAUUCGCCUUCGUUUGAUGGUGUUGUGAUUGGAACAGAAGAUGUGCUCAUUACUCCAUUCACUUGUGACAGGACUGGUUCUGGUGAUGCUGUUGUAGCAGCUAUUAUGAGAAAGUUAACCACUUUCCCUGAGAUGUAUGAAAAUCAAGAUGUUUGUGAAAGACAGCUUCGCUUUGCAAUUGCAGCAGGGAUUAUAUCACAGUGGACUAUUGGUGCUGUUAGAGGUUUUCCAACCGAAAGUGCAACUCAAAAUCUCAAGGAGCAGGUUUAUGUCCCUUCAAUGUGGUAGUGUAGACCAGACCCUCAACAGCUUUUGUCAUUGUUGAAGAUCUUGUCUAUCAAGAAAUGUGAGAAGUAGUUUGCAUCAAAUGUAUACUUCGCAUGAACUCUUAAGCAGGCCAUUGUUGUGUUUCACAUCUUUUAGGUGAUGAGUGGCUUUUGAACUAGCUUUUUUUUUUUGGUCUGAACUUUUGAACUAGCAUUAGUAAUCAAAAUAUUCAUUGUCCCUUCAGUAAUUGUAUUUACUAAGCUUCC